AUGGAAGGAAGUGGUAGCUACCGGUUAAAACGGGGACGAGAUGAGCUCAGCACUCCACCGGCUUCAGGGAAUUUUCCGGCAUCGGAUCAAAGGGGCACACAAAAUUUGUUAAGAUGUCCCUGGUGCCCGAAUGGUCACCUAAUGCGACCCGCAGCUAAGUCCCCUACUAAUAACAGUAAAGAAGAGGGAACACAUCUUUGCACGAACCGAUCAUCAUGCCCCUGCGGUGCUGUUAUCGAUCAGGAUAGAACCAUGUCGUUCUCUUGUAUCGAUGGCAGUGACCUGAUUCGAAACUUUUAUAAUGCCUUAGAUGAUCAUCUUGAGACGUGCCAAAUUGUUUCUCAAACUCCUAGUCAACGUGACUGGGCACCCUGGAGUAUUGUAGCGGAGCGCAGCAUUUUGUUUGCUGAUCCGUCCAACCGCAAGCAACGCCAUAGCGUAGAUUGUUCCCCGCCUUCUUUGUCUCCAGACCCUAAGGGGCCAGUCUUUUAUUUCUUGCAUUGCGACAACUGUGGUGAGAAGGAGUUUGUAUGCUGA